GUGUGUUUCAGGAGGCUUGAGGCGGACCAAUUGGUUGCCAGGCAACCGAGUUUGGUCUCGCUCAUGUUACACAGAUCUUCUGUCCAUCUCUCCUUCUCUCUGCGUCCUGGCUGGGAACCCUUUAAAGGACUCACUGGAGAUAUUUCCACUUAAAACUUAUUUUUCUGAUACUAAUUCCACUCCAGGCUCCAAAGUUCGCGGUUGCCAGUUGCAGGUGUUGCUGCUCUGUGGCUGGUAGGAUGCAGCAAUUGGCCAUGAAGGUCCUUUGUUCCACUUUGAUCCUUCUGUUGGUGGUUCCAUCUGUGUAUUCACAGUCAGAUUGUUCUCAGGCCCAGUCAUGUGACCAGUGCGUCGGAGACUUAUUUAUCAACGUGACAAGCUGCGUCUGGAGGCUUUGUCCAAAUGGUAAUGAUACAGGCACAUGUAUGACUGAUCAGGGAGAUGCAGCAGACAGCGGUACGGGCUGCGGCUGGACCAGGAUUUCUGAACUGUGCCCACUUGUCGAGGCUGCUGGUAAAAGUGACUCAGAUUGUGCUCAAGCCCAGUCAUGUGACCUGUGUGUCGGAGACCCCAUGCUCAACCCGACAGGCUGCGUCUGGAGGCUUUGUCCAAAUGGUAACGAUACAGGCGUGUGUGUGACUGAUAAGGGCGACGUAGCAGACAGCAGCAACGACUGCAGCUGGACCAGAGAUUCUGGUCUUUGCCCACUUGUCGAGACUGUUGCUGUUGUUGGAGUAGAUAAAGGUGACUCAGGUGAUGGACAAAAUCCACGCCCUCAGCUCUCCCAGGCCAAGUUCAGCAUGCCCAGCUUCAUAGGAGGCAUCGUGCUUGUUCUGAUCGUGCAGGCAGGCGUCCUCAUCGCCAUGCGCUUCCUGAAGUCCAAAGAGAAGACCAACUAUGACCCCAUAGAGUAGCCACAUACACGAAGGACAAACUGACAAGGCUGGACGACAGCAGAGCGGUGACUCAUCCAGUUGUGACGGCAAGUUUUUUUUUUUGUCAUUUUUGGUUUGGUCCUCAUAUGCUACCCUUGGGGAUGGGUGUAAUUAUAAGAGGAUAUUUUUCUUAAAAUACUGCAUUAUGUAAGAGUGUUUGUGCAUGCAUUCACUGCUGUCCUUGCAAACGGCAAUCAGAGAAACAAAAAGACUCUGAUCGUGACCAAACCCACAAUAAAUCUCCAUUGGCAGUAAUCUAAAUGUUUGUCCUUUUGCAAACAGAUCAAUUGAGCUUUUUUCAACUGUGUCCUUUUCAUAGUGCAGUGCAGUUAUGAGAAAAUAGUGAUCUAAUCCCAUGUAGACCUUUGGGUCAGACAAGGUUAUGGCAAGCAUUUAGAAUUUUUUUAAGAGCCCUAAAAUAGAUCAAAAAUGAGACACUGGAGCUGUCCAUCACCUAAUAGUACUUCUAUAUUUAAUGUGCAGAUUAAAAACUUCAUAGUGUUUUCUUGAAACCAGAAGUUUAAAUAUUUAUGCAGCUAAUACAUUUAUUUCUUAUGCUAACUUAUAGUGAGUGCAAUAAAUUAAUAAAGGCUCCAAAGAGGCCUCCUUUAAGACUCUUUGUCUCUUGGAAAAAAAAUUCUAACAUCUGAGGCCUCCAGUAUGGCUCUACUGUUACUCUACUUUAAUUUGGGUGUUCUUGUUUUGAAGUGUCAGUAGCUUAGAGUCUCUCUUUUUUCACAUAAAUGUGUUGUCAUAGAGGAGAAUUGUGUUUCCAUUCCUCACAUUUAUAACAUAUAGAUAUUAGAUUUAAACAUUUAAUACAGGUUAAAUAGUUCAAAGAGAUGUGAUCGUGUUAAUGCUGGUUAGAUAGUUGUUUAAUAUCAAUAAAUUUGAUUUGUGAUACCAUUAGAUUGCCUGAAUAAAUUGUGAAUGAACA